CUAUGUAUUCUUGAAAUUGUACAUCACAAGCAUUUUGCUUAUGAGUUAGUUACUUUUGGUACUGGUCUGCCACAGUGACUCGGUACCUGUAAUAGCUCGUGACAUGCCACACAUCUCUAGGUGUGAAUGUCAGAACUAAGCCUGGAAAAAAUAUGUUUAGUUAAAAACAUGGCGAAUAAUACACAUAAAAACGUUUGAUUUAUAUUUUUUAUUCCAAAAUCAUUACGCAAGUGACACAUAAGUAAUACACUUAAAGCCCAAAGUCGACGCGUGUGUGUAACAUAAAGUCAAGCAAAAAAUUCCAACACAGACCUUGAGUGGGCUCACAAAUACACACACACGCACACAAGACCUAUACACAUACGUAGGUAAACGGGUUGAAAACGUCACAGCGACCAGCGCGACAGUUCCUGAAGUGUUUGCAGCUGCUGUUAGCCAAAUUAGCACGACAACAACAACAACAAGAAUUGCCAGAAAUUGGAACAAAGGACACACAAAAUGGUAAAUGUACCGCCGCCACUCUUGUGCAGCACCCCACCCCCGAUCGACUUUGGUGAGGACGACGACGAUUCGGGGCUCCAAUCGACACUCCACUUGGAAGACGGCGACGCUGACGAAUACUCUGAAUAUGGAUUAGUCACCGAUACGCACGUUGCUGCGCUCAAUGCAAAAGUGCCGCCGCUGCCAGAAUUGCCCAUAUCAUCAGCAGAGUACACCGCACACUCGCUGCCGCCUGAUCUUAGCAAUGGCUCUGUUAAAUCAGUUGCACCUACAGCGGAGGCUUUUAAUUACCAAGUAAAAGCACCCGACCUUGACCUGGCAAAGGAGCAGCAAAUAUCAGCACCACAAGGCAACGAUGUGGUAGAUGCCACUUUGGAGCAGGGGGAGUUUCUAGACGUGGCAGAGCAGCAGCUGGAGGUGGAAGAUGAUGAGGAGGAGGAAGCUAAUACCAAUGAUAAUGUGCCCUCGCUUAAACUGGACAGCCUAAGUCUAUACUCCAGUGAAAGUGUUACGCCUCUCAGCACCUUAUCGCCAGUAGCUGAUGAGCAGGCAACCAAAGCGCCCACUGUAUGUCACCAGGUGACGCUAGAGGAUGUGUCCGAUGACAGCGACGAGGAGUGUUCGCCAAAGAAACCCAAAGAACUAUUCAUACCCGAGGGUGCCGAUGACUUUUUUGCCAUAGAGAUUGUGCAAACGCCCACGCAGCAGGCGCCUACGUUGCAUAACCAAAUGCCUGAUGUGAAGCCUGAGUCUGACUUUGCUGCGUUCCGCGAAGUAGCUUUCACAGAAACGCCGCAGAAUGAACCAAAUGAAAAUAUAGACGAGGCUGAGGCUCAGGCAGAAGAUGAUGACUUCGGCGACUUUGCGGACUUUGCUGCAGCUCCAGUGGUGGUUGAGCCACAGGAGCCAGUGACGACCACCAGUCAGGAUGAUGGCUUUGAUGAUUUUCAGGAUUUUGUUACGCCAGCUGCACCAACGCAGGCAGCCGCAGAAGACGAUGAUGAUGACUUCGGCGACUUUGCGGAGCCAUCAUUUGAGAGCGCUCCUGCUGCGGCGGCGCCCACGCUACCACAACCACCACCGCCAGCUGUUGCACAUCUAAGCAUUACCGAGCGUGUGAAGCCAGUGCUGGAUAUUAUGUUUCCCAAUCUUGACUCGAGUUGUAAGCAGUCUGCAACCAAGCACGCACCGCUAGCUGAGACGCAAACAUUGCAUUUCGGUGGCAUUGAGCAGGCGCACGCUCUGGACUAUCAGUGGUCAAACUCAGAGAUGCGACAUUCCUUGGUGCGCUCACUGGCCAUCGAUUCGCGUAAUAUUCUCUUUGGCGACAAGUGGAACGCGUCUAUGCCCCGAUUCGCGGCCAAUUUGAGCUUCGAUCCUCUAAAACCACUCAAACCGUUGUCUGCAGCGCCUGGACCGAACCCUUCCUUGCCGGACGCCCAACAGGCGCCCAUGACCAGCUGGCGGCCCACGACCAGCAGCUCCAAUCAGCAUCCACUCCCGGAAUCACAUGUACAGACUUUACAAUUGGAACAACAACAAAUAGACCAAGAAACGAUGGUGGCUAAUGCUGAUAAAAUAAAUCUUGUUACCUCUAACUACUCCCACAACGUCAACAAUAACAACAACAAAUCUCACGAUGCCUUGGAUGCGCAACUGCCACUAAUGGAACUACUCAAUGAUAAUGAUAAUGACAAUAUGACAAUCAACCACAACAACAACAACAAUGCCAAUGCCAAUGAUAUGCACAAUUUUGUUACACAUUUUGCCACCAUCUGCAACAAUAACAAUCAUGCAAUAACUACAACCACAACAACAACAACAAACACUUAUUUCACUGCUCACUGCGCCUUGCUGGAUCUUAGACUUGAAGCAGCCACCGCAGCAACACAGACGAGCCAAGCUCAAGCGCAGCCUAGCCCUGCUUAUGGGCAAGGCGCGACCAACGACGCCAACUGCAGCUCCGAUGAAACAAAUGACACCUUGCCCGCCGCCGCCUGCCUUGAUGACACCCCAGCAGCAUCAUCAGUAUUUGCUGCUGCAGCAGCAACAGCGCCGCUAUCGCCUACUCUACCAACAGACGGCAAUGGCCACGGCUUCGACGACGCUGAGCAACUCCCUCAGCAGCAGCAGCAGCUUGAUCUGAGAGAGUCACCGUCGCCAUCACCAUCACCGCCACCACCACCCACAGUCAACAGCCAGCAGUUGCAUGAGGUCACCACCAGCAGUUGCAGCAGCAGCAAUAGCUUUACGCUGCCGCUCAAGGAGACGCAUAUUUAUACACCCUCCAAAUCAGACACAGCGGUGGCCAAAACCACAACCCUUCCGCCCAUUGAUUUCGACUACGAGAUUGCCUCCGCUGGUAUUAUUAUAGAUGAGACGGUUGUCAAGAAGGAAUAUCGCGAUGUGGAAUACAAGCCACCGCCUUACGGCAUCGACUCGCCCAGCAAGCUGAGCGCCUCGGGCAAACCAACAACGGAGGAUGAUGAUUUCAGUGAUUUUCAGUCUGUACCCGCCGUCAAAAACGCCGCGCAGUUGCAGCCGCCACGCAACGGCACGCCCACAUUCGGGGAGCAAAUGAUACUCAGCCCGGCCAUACUGUUGCCUCAGUCAAUUCCAUUGGCCAAGCCCAGCAUUGAGUGGGGCGACAAUGCGCUGGCCAGCAUCAAUGCUGAGGAACUGGCACGCAUCGAAGAGCUGUUCUCGCAUCAGUUCAAGCCCCCAACGAUAAGUGCCAGCGUGGCACAACAGUCACCCAAGCAGCAACAGAAGCAGCAUCACGAGGAUGAUGAGUGGUCGGAUUUUGUUUCCGUGCCCGUGCAACAGCAGCAACAAAACAACCACAACAACAAUGUGUUGAAUGUGCAGAGAGCACGAAAGGCACAACCAAUUACAGCUGCAUCCCAAAAAGAGGAUGACUGGUCGGACUUUGUGAGCAGCACAGCGUUGCCUGUGCGCGCUGCGCCGCAGUUUAAUUCGGGCGCCUGGCAGAGCGCCAACUUUUACAAUAAUCCGCUGAGUCUCUAUCAACAGCAACAACAGCCGCAUGCUCAUAGCAAUCUAGUGCCCAAAUAUCCAAGCAGCAGCAGCAACAACAACAACAAUAAUAAUGUACCACAGCAAGUUCAUAUGAUGCACGACUUUUCCACAGCACCGACAGCAACAGCCAACGGAGUACCCGCAACUUAUCAGCAUCAGCAUCACCAACACCACCAGCAACAGCUGCAGCAGAAACAGCAACAUCAGCAGCAUCGCCAGCAAUUUCAUUUGAGCAAUGCGAAGGUGGCACCACGCAUAUCCCUAAUACCCGAUCUGAGCUUUGUGGCGCCAGCAUUGCCCACCAAUGCGGGUGCGUUUAUGAGUUCGCUGCCCAAGCCCAGUUUUAGUGCCAAGAAAUGACAAAAGCUGCGCAACGCGAAAAAGUUGCGGCCGCAACAGCAGCAGCAGCAAUCCACAAUGUUGUUGGUGCCGCGGGCACGCCCACUCGUAGCCGAGGCGAGCAUCUUGACGUAGGCAACGCGUCAGUCAGUAUUAUGAAUCCGUCUAGAUAUUUGCUAUAUAAGUUUAACAUAUAUUGUGAGAGCAACUGCGAGCAAUUAGGCUCUUGUUAUUGUUAAUGUGCGUGUUGCUGUUGUUGUUGUCAUUGUCAUUGUUGUUGUUAGUCGUAGAAGAUAACUGUAGUCAAAGCAAUGAAAACCUACUCGCGUCGAAAAUGAACUCUAGUGCAAUAUUGUGUAUAAAACUUAAACUGAUUAUAUAUUUGUAAAAUUUAAGAAUUAUUUGAUUAAUCUGGCCGAAAACUUAAAAAACUCAGCAAUUAGUACUAGCUUUUAGUUAUAGCCUCUUUAUUAUAUGAUUAUUGGAUGUGUUUAGACUGUAUAGAAUGUUUCAUAGAACGUUGUGAGCGAUAUUACCUCUACAUUUAGCUAUGGCGACUUUAACUAGGUCAGUGAACCCCAAAUGCCUUUAAUUUGCUUUCCUGUUUAACAAGUUCCCCAAAGUAUAAUUAAUAUAUGUUUGUCCUUUUAAUAUAACUUUACGCAAGCCGAGCUUAUUAUUAUUAUUUUUUUAUAGCCCAGUUUUGACCCCUUACGAGUUGGCUUGAGUGAAUGCU